AUGUCUCUCAUCUCCAUCAACGGGAAUGACCUCAACCCCCAGAGCCAAAGACCUGUCCUCCAGGCCCUUGGCAUGGAAUCGGAAGACUCGUCCAAGUCGAACUAUAUCCUGAUUCAAACCAAGGAGCUCCUCGAGGACGACCAGGAAGACGAGCUCGAGCGCCUAGGCGUCGACAUCCAGGAAUAUGUCUCGUUCAAGACGUACCUCUGCAGCUAUAAACCAGCUGAUCUAGCUGCUAUCCGCUCCCUACCAUUCGUGGCAUGGGCAAACGUCUACCUUGACAUGUUUGUCAUCCAGUCGGCCAUGAAAUCUGUACCACCAAGCACAAACGCGCUUGCUGCCUUUUCUGGUACCGUGCCGAGGUCUAGCCGUCGUCGUACGGUAGAUAUCGUGCUUCACAACGAUGUAGACUCUACGUCACAGGAGCUACACGACGCCCUUGGCAUGGCCACGCGGGCUGCCACUUCGUGCUUCCGUGUUGGACCGAAGAAGAUCCGAAUGAUUAUCGAGGAGCAACACAUGGAUGAAGUUGCAGCUAUCGACGACGUUAGAAGCAUCCAUGAAGUUCACCCGGCCGUUCUGUUCAACAACAAGGCUGUCCCUAUCAUCAAGGGCGAGGUCGACACUAGUAGUGAUGCCCCUAUUGGCACCAUGGAGGCCAAAACCGAGGCUCUACCCUAUACAGGAGAGGGCGAAAUCGUUGCCGUUGGUGACACUGGCUUCGACAAAGGCAGCACAACCGAUACCCACCCAGCAUUUACGGGACGUGUCAAGCAUCUCUAUGCCCUAGGCCGCACGAACCCGGCAACGGCUGACGAUCCAAACGGCCAUGGCACUCACGUCUGCGGCUCUGUCCUUGGAGACGGGGUCUCUGAAAAAAUGGGCGGGAAAAUCCAGGGCACAGCACCUAAAGCCACUCUAGUCCUGCAAUCGCUGCUAGAUAGCAACAAUGGACUCGGUGGAAUCCCAGACGACCUCACCAACCUGUUCAUUCAGCCAUAUAAAGACCACGGUGCGAGGAUUCAUACAAACUCUUGGGGAAGUAACAGCCCAAGCGGUCAACUCCCCUAUGACUCUAGCAGCGAAGAGAUCGACCGCUUCGUCUGGGAUCAUCAGGACAUGGUCAUCCUUUUCGCUGCUGGAAAUGCAGGCGCUGAUGCGGAUCAGGAUGGGUCCAAUGAUAAGAAUCAGAUCGGCUCCCAGGCCGCAGCAAAGAAUUGCAUCACUGUUGGCGCAAGUGAAAACGAUCGCCCUGAUAUUGCAGUAACCUACGCUCCAUGGUUCCCAAAUAAGCCCUACAACGACGACCGCGUGGCCGACCAUCCUAACGGCAUGGCAGCAUUCAGCUCCCGUGGUCCUACCAAGGAAGGACGCAUUAAGCCCGAUGUCGUUGCACCAGGGACAUCUAUCCUAUCCACUCGUUCGUCAAAGUUGUUGAAGCCUAGCACCACGUUCGGAACGAGCACGGAUCCAGCUUGGUUUUUCAACGGGGGAACCAGCAUGGCAACCCCCCUAGUGGCCGGAGGUGUGGCACUCAUUCGCCAGGCCCUUGUUAAGAACGGCACAAAGGACCCAUCCGCUGCCCUUAUCAAAGCAAUGCUCAUCAACGGCGCCGUCGAGCUGCCUGGUCAAUACGUUCCAUCCGAGGCUGGUCCAUCACCAAAUAUCAGCUCCGGAUACGGCCGUGUUCACGUCAAGAACUCCAUUUCCCUGCCCAAUGAAGAAAGUGCUGGAUAUCGCGAGGGAGGCCCUCUUACUCAGGGCAAGACUGACUCCGAGCUGGUCAUCAAAGUGCCCAAGAAGGCAGAAGGUAGCUCUACUUUGAAAGUGACCUUGGUCUGGUCCGACCCACCAGGUGCAACGCUACAGAAUGACCUGGACUUGAUCGUGACUGCGUCCGAUGGCACCGAGAGACAUGGCAAUAUGGGCUCUAAGAAAGAUUUUGAUCGAUCUAACAACGUCGAGCAGGUUGUAUGGACAAAGAUUCCAAGUGGAGAUGUCAAGGUCCAAGUGCGAGCUUUCCACAUCUUCAAGAAGCAGUUUGCACAGCGCUUUGCGGUUGCCUGGAGCAUCGAUAAGCCUCUCAAAUAG